AUGGGGGAGAAGGAAGAAGAAUUGAAGAAGAUUCCAAAAGAGGAGGAGAAAGAGGAAAAGAAAGAAGAAGCUCUACCCAAAUUAAGCGCAGCAGAUUUCAAAAUCUACAAUUCUAUGGCCGAACACAUGGAUCUCUUCCACAACCACUUCCGACACACCUGGACAAUCCUCCACAAAGCCACAACCGAAAAUCAACGACCCCGCAACCUCAGCAUCCGCCAAUUCAUCCAAACGGGACUUUCCUUCCUCCGCUCACUCGAAAUGCACCACGGCAUCGAAGAACAACACAUCUUCCCCAUUCUCGCGCGGAAGAUGCCCGAAUUCCGCGCUGGGAAAAAUGCGGCUGAGUUAUUGAGACAACAUGGGGAAAUUCAUGCCGGGAUGGAUAUCAUGCAGACAUAUCUUGAGAAAUGUAGGGAUGGGGAGACGGAAUUGAAUUUGAGGGUUUUGGGGGAGAAGAUGGAUGGGUUUGGGGAGGUGUUGUGGAAACAUUUGGAUCAGGAGGUUGAGACGCUGGGUGCGGAGAAUAUGAGGAGGUAUUGGAGUAAGGAGGAGAUGAGGAGGAUGCCUAGGUGA